AUAUCAUUAUUUCUUAUUCUACUAGCACCACAGGCGCGCGCUAUCAUGGGGCGAACUUGAAAACUGUAAAUGCCACCAAAAAGUUUUAGCAAAGAAAAGAUCAAUACAAAAUCGACCAGAGUUCAGAAUUCAAAGAAAGCGUGAUUUAAUGAAGGACAUCAAUGGAUCGAUGUAAUGUUUGUAUUCAUCAAUUUGAAACAGUAUCUAUAUAGAAUAUCGUAUACAUAUUUGUCGAAUACGUAUGACCUCUUAUAGGGGUUGUUUGCUUAAGGCUACCGUAUUUUCCACAAUAAUAAAUAUGAUGUCUAGUUCUCAGCAGUCUCUCAAGAUGGUGUCCAACACGAGUACUGCCGUGAUACUCUUAAAGUGUUUAUUAUUAAUUGCUUGCCCAAUAUUCAUUACUGCAGCAAAUUACAGUACUGAGAGUUUAAAAGAUGAAAAGUACAUAAGUGAAUAUCGUUUGCCACUGAGAAUAAUACCAGUACACUAUGAUAUUUGGCUAAACUUGUUUGUCACGGGACCUAAGUUUAGCGGUGAAAUUAAUAUUACCCUCGAUAUCAAGUCUGUAACGCAAUAUAUAACUUUGCACGCACACAGGCUGGAAAUAAACGAACUGGAGACAAAAUUAUAUAAUCAUAAGAACGGUACGAUUUAUAGGCCGACGGAACAUGACUAUCGAAGUCAAUAUGUUCUAGUUCUUCACUUCAGUGAUACGGUGGUACAUGGAACGUACACUCUAUACUUUAAGUAUGACGGUUACUUCUCUGAGGAAGAUGAAGGUCUUAUCAAACUUCCCGAUGCAAACCUAAGAAGCGAAAAUACGAAAUGGAUGGUGAUAUCGCAAUUUGGCAAGAUUGGUGCUCGACGAGUGUUUCCGUGUUGGGAUGAGCCUGCGUUAAAAGCCACUUUCAACAUUUCCGUGAAACAUCAUUUACAACAUUCAGCCUUCUCGACUAUGCCAAUACGACAGGCAGAGACUAAUGACAGCAGUUUAGAAAUGUGGUCUUACUUCGAAGAGACUCCCAAAAUGUCUACUCACCUCCUCGGGAUUGUAGUGAUCGCAGCAAGUCGUUGUGACUUCGACGAUAUCUUCCGCGUAUGGUGCAGAGAGAAUGUUAUCGUACCACUAGAUUUCAAAGAUACUAUCCACAAGCAAUAUCGUACGAUGGUUAGCCACAUGCAGAAUCACACAAGAAGUAACAUGAAAAUCCCCAAACUUGAUAUCAUCAUUGUACCAGAUUACGUACCGAAUAAUUCGACUAUUUGGGGAAUACAGCUUAUGAAAGAGACAUGGGUUACUAUCAACAUUAACGGUACAAACGAUUUUAACAAAAUUCAAAAAUUCAAUCUGACAAGCUUCCUAGCACAUGAAAUGGCAAAGCAAUGGUUUCUUCCUGUAGUUGGUCCGGCUUGGUGGUCUGACUUGUGGUUAUUCAAUGGACUUGCUCUAUUCUACAAAGCGUACAUCCUUGGCCAGAUGUAUGAAGAGUGGCGAAUGAUAGAUUUUACAGUGCCCAGCCUACAGGAAAAUCUUCGUUUAGAUGACAUUCGAUCACAAAACAAUAUAUUAUACUAUACUAAAAAUGAAACAGAUUUUAUUGAAUCUUUUAUUGUUGUAGACAAAACACUUAUCCUAUUGCAUAUGUUGAGAAAUUUGGUUUCUGCCAGGACAUUCCGGAAUGGGAUCAGAACCUAUUUAGACACACAUCAAUUUGGUUCGGCUUCUGUUAAUGAUUUCUAUGCCGCUAUGCAAAGUGCCCUAGAUGAUACAGAAUACGAAUACCAGUUUAGGGUAAAAACAGUAAUGCGUAGCUGGUUAAAUCAAACGACGUAUUCUUUGGUAAAAGUGAGACGUAAUUAUGCCCUUGGCCAUGUGUAUAUGUGGCGAGUACCAAAGAAUGACACCAAGGGAGUCGACAAUACGACGUGGACCCCGUUGGCUUACGCUAUGUAUUCGUCUGACGAGUUGUUUAAUGACACUAUACCUACUAAGUGGUUAACAGAGGACAGCAAGAACAAAUCCUUUGGUGGAGUUCCUCGACAUGAGUGGAUUAUAUUUAAUGUACAACAAGGCGGAUAUUAUCGUAUUAAUUAUGAUGCUACAAAUUGGGAACAAAUCGGGACUUGUUUAAAUUCUUACGAAGUUACAAGAAUACACGUCAUUAAUCGUGCACAGCUUAUUGACGAUGUCUACUACUUCCUAGUGACAAAACAACUUCAUUACUUUACAUUUUUACAUAUCACGAAUUAUCUGCAGAGAGAAGUGGAUUAUGUACCAUGGAUAUCCAUGUUCCGAAUUAUGUCAUACCUGUGGAAAUUCUUUUUACUUCCAUUUAAAGAACCACUGGUUUUAGAGGCUUUACAGUCACAUAUGUUGGAGAUUCUAAGGGGACUUCUUAAAAACAUAGGAUACGAGGAUGAGUAUCACGAUGAUGGUAUUACAUUAUUGAUGAGAGGAACGGCCUUGAAAUGGACCUGUAGAUUUGGUGAUCUUGUAUGCAAUGAAAUGGCAAGUCAUAAAUUGGACAUGCGUAGUAGUGAUGUCUGGGUAGAGUUAGUUAGCAAUAGGCCCAUAUUUCCGUGGGAAGAAUGGAUAUAUUGUAGUGCAUUAAAGGAAGCAACCUUCGAGACUUGGCGUAAAUUUCAGAACUUAUAUCAAAGAACAGGACAUCAGCAUGCAAUUUUAGAACUACUGACUUGCUCUGAAAUUUCGGGAACAAUUAUGCAUUAUUUCGCCCUACUGCCUCUAUCACUAAACCGUUCACAAAUCACAGACAAUCAGCAUUCUCAUAUUUUUGGUAUACUUGUUAGAAAGCAUGCACACAGAAAUGAAGUACUUGACUACAUAUUACAGAAUUUCACAGAUGUGAAACCUAGAUUGUAUUCUAAAACUACGUUAUUGACAGAUAUUAUUUCAAACGUAUAUUCCGAAGAACAACUUAACAAGACAUACAAGUUUUUCAAGCAGGAUGCUGAAGUGUCAAAAACUUUACCUACAAUGAUAAGUACGCGUUUAAUCCAGCUCCAGGAUAUGAUGACCAGUUUUUUCGAAAUGUUUAGGUAGUGGAAAAGAAGUGGAUAGAUUCAAUUUGAAUAGUUAAUCAAGUUAACUGAACUGAACAGUUUUUCAUAAGAUGUUUAUAUUAUUAUUUAUUCAUUAAAUAGUUUUAAGUGCUCCUAUUAUAUCUGAUAUUAUUAUUAAUAUAUUCAACAUUAUAUUAAUCUGAAUGUUCUAUUAAACAUAACUAGUGAUAUA